UCUUUUAUCUCAUCCGCUCGCCUCGCGUACGCUCUCCGCUACUACUUCAGUUCUCGCUCGUUCUUAUCCUCCUCUGCCAGCAGUGACUCACCUCGCCACCACGGCCACGGUCUCCUCCUCCUCCUCCACACCUUUAUAAUUUGUACCAGCUGCCUUCUUUCCACCAGUCGACGACGACACGGCUCGGUUGUUGCUUUGAUCGAUCUGAGCUGCGUUCGCUUGCCUUGAUCUGAGAUCGGCGUUGGUCGGGGAGAGUCAAGAGUUGGGGAUAUAUACAUGGACGCGUACGCGUGGUGCCGGCGCGGCGGCGCGGCGGAUUGCGAGGAGCAGGAGGAGGAUAUCGGGUCGCCGUCCACGUCGGCGGGGAGCUCGGCGCGGUCGUCGGGGUCGUCCUCGGAGCUCGCCGACGACGCGAGCUCCUCCUCCUCCUCCAGCUCGGCGGAGCGCCGCUUCGAGAUGUCCGACCUCAUGACGCAGCUCCCGUUCAAGAGGGGGUUGUCGAGGUUCUUCGACGGAAAGUCGCAGUCGUUCGCGUCGCUGGCGGCGGUCGCCUCGCUGGAGGACCUGGCGAAGCCGCCGAGGAAGCGCCUCAAGCCGUCGCAGAGCUGCGGGGGAGGCCUGGACGCGCACCGCGGGCGCGUCCUGUCGCCGCGCCGGCAUUGCCCCAAGGCCGUCGUCGCCGGCGCCAAGAAGGCGACCGCGAGGGCCGCCCUCUCGAUGCUCGCCGCCUCGCCGAGGCGGCCGCCGCUGGCCGCGCCGGCGAGGCCGGAGGGGGUGGCAGCUAAGUUUCUCGUCGUUAACUAGGUAGUAGAAAGUUUGGUGAUAGUUGCAGUCGAAGCAACGUGUUUACCCGUCUGUACAUAAGUACUCUGAAUGACCGGCAUUUUCGCUGUUUGGUGGUCCAUUUCCACUGUCCGUGGUAAUUUGUUGGGUGAGCUUGUUGUAACAUAAAUCCACGAUUGAUGAGGUGGAUAGUUAGAAUGCUCAAUUAGAAAGUACGCCUCUUCCAGGA